UUCUUUGAACAGAUGGAAGAUUGGAUUAAUCUUGAGCUACUUUUGUCUCAGAUCUAUGCCUCGUUGCAGUGGAACUACAGCCAUAAUUAUCUAUGGUCAUCUUAGACUACAGUAGCAUACAAGAUUCAUAUAAUUCAUACAAUUUUGACCAGGAAAGGUAACGCGAAGAAGAAGAUACCAUGACUUGAACUCGUUUAUAUUAUAGGGGUGCGAUUAUUAUCACAUGAGGUCUCUCACGAGCCUUUGAUCGGUGCGAGUCAUGUCAACGUUGGCCCACCUCGAACGAUCGAUUUGUCGCCACUGAUCAUGGAGAUGCCACAUGUCUUAUGAUUUGUGUCCAUGAUUCGUAGUGAGCCCAUCGAUAACGAUCGUAAUUUCAUUUUUUCUUGGGGUAUACUCUAACGAUGUUCUCAGAUAAAUCUUGGUCCGACCAAUAGCAAUUCCUGCCCCAGAACGUACCCACGUGCGCAUGGGCCCACCACUUUCGGACAAGAGCUUAGACUGCUACGUCUAAUGAGCUCCACCGAGAAUGGACGAAAUGAAACCAAGCCCCAAAUGACGCGCUUCGGCCUAUAAAUAAUAGCGGCGCCGGCAGUUCCUUCGCGACCGCGUGGUUCUUACGACGGACGAUCCUCCCUCCCUCACUGCGCGUACCCUUGGGCGGCGGCGGCGACUAUGGCCAAGGGGCGCAGGCGCGGGGCGGAGCGGCUCCUCGGCCCCACCGCCCGUUGCGAUGGCGGAGGCGCCGCCGAUCUUCCCGACCUCUCCGAGGACGACGUCUGGCCCGCCGUCCUCACCGCCGCCGACGAUCACCCGGCCUUCUCCGCCGCCGUGGACGACGGCGACCACCACGAUAUGGGCCGGCCCGGGACGGGCCUCACCGGCGCCCGCCGCUGGGCCGAUCGGCACGUCGGCGGGCUCUCCCUGGCAUUGGAGGACGCGUACCCAGGGGCGCCGGCCCCCCAUCCGCCAUACGAGCGGCACAGCGUGGUGGCGGCGGCGGCUUCGGCUCCCGUGGACGUGCCAGUGUGGCCGUGGGCGCUCCGGACCCGCUCUGGAGGGCCGUCACCGGAGCGGGAGGAGGAAGACGCGGAUGGGGAGUGGCUGCCGCCGCACGAGUACUUGGCCAGGGCGCACGGGAGGUGCCUGGCGACGUCGGUGCUGGAAGGCGCGGGGAGGACCCUCAAAGGCCGCGACAUGAGCCGGGUUCGCGACGCAGUUUGGAGCCAGACCGGCUUCUCCGGUUGAACCUGUAAUCCGUCCACCCGAGCCGUCCCGACUUUUGAAGCACUCCUUUCCUCUCUCUUUACAACACCCCCCCUUCUUUUUUCCUUUUCCCAAAAACAAGCAAACAUAAAAAAAGUGAGAUUAUUGA